GAUGUAUCACUGAAAAGAUGAAGCUGUCAGUGUUGUUGCUGCCGGCCCUGCUGGCUCUGUCCUCAGCCAGUCUGCAGGACAUUGUGAAGAAGAGCGCACAGCACAGAAAAGUUCCCUUUUUGAACCCAGAUCUAGGGAACAGGAUCCCUCAAAUCCCUGCCAAUGGGUCAGUGUUGCCUCCUCUGACUCCUGCUAAAUUUGAGAAGAGGCUAGGUCAGUCAUCCUCCUAUAUGUUUGGUGGCUCCAGCCUGGAAUGGCAGACCACGUAUGGCACUGUCCCACCUGGUGCUUUUUAUAUUCACAACGAAUAUGUUGGUGGACGUGUCGACUAUGUAUGUAAAUACGGGUGUUCCUCUGGCUUCUUCAACCCCAGCAUGGGUCCGUACUGUCACUACCCCUUGUCAGGGAAAGAGAAUCGAGGCCGCCCAUUUGAGAUCUUGGUAAACAAGGGAGGCAUUGAGGAUUUAUACUGGCAAGAUGACUCCUGGGGGGAUGUGCCUCCCAAUUCAGUCAAGACCUGUUCUGGCCUAGACCUGUAUGUUGGGAAGAACAAGUACGGUCUUGGGAAGGUGCAACAGUCAAAUGGGGCCUUCUUUCUUCCCUGGCAGGGUGAUGAGUAUUGGUACAAGUACUACCAAGUUCUGAUCAUCAACAAAAAUGUACGCAGUGAGCACAUGUCAAAUGUCGAAUACAACACCAAUGUUGAAACCGUUGCACUUCCUCCAGAGAUUGUGACCACAUCCGACAUAACAAACAAUGAGUGUAGCUCAGUUGUGAAAACGGUUGAGCUCUCAGGAACAUAUCAGGAGGAGAAAAGGUGGGACACCAGCAUUGCCACCACAAUCGGUGUCAGCAGUACCAUCACUGCCCAAAUCCCAUUCAUCAGCGCAAGUAUUGGGUUCAGUGCUGAGACAACUGAGCAAUUUUCCAGUGGAAGCACCAAGGUAACCUCGAAAACCCAUUCUGUCUCUGUGGAGCUAACUGUCCCUCCAAACCACUCCUGCAGUGUCAGUAUGGUAGGACAUAAGUACAAGGCAAGCAUCCCAUUCACAGCUCAUCUUACCCGCACCUACAGCAAUGGGAGGACCAAACUGGCAUAUGUCAGUGGAGUGUUCCACGGUGUCAACGUAGGAAGAGUCCAGUCUGUUGUGGAUCGCUGUGAACCUGUACCCAAUGCUCAGCCCUGCUCUGAAUAAGAAACAGAAGAGACAUCUUAAGAUAUCUUCUCUGACAUAUUCAAUGUAAAUGUUGAUGAUAAAUGUAGUGUACUAAUUCUACUUCUAAUUGGCUGGACAGCAGGGUAGGUUUUAGGAGUAGUUGCAUUAAGAGCAAUUAAUAUAUUAUAUCUAAUGUUGAUGUUUCUUUUCAAACCAAUUCACCAAAUCUACAUAUCUCUGCUGGCUGAUUAGUUACAUGCACUCACCAGAAGUGAAGGAUAAAUUAGUUGGUUAAUGAAAAUCUCAGCCUCUAUAGCUGUAUUAAACGACCAUUCCAGGACUUGAAAUAUCAUUUUUUAUGCAGACGAUACAAUCCUUUCCAUGACUAGUUUGGAUAAAUUUUGUUGAUUAUGUUGAUGGUUCAUGUGGUUGUGGAGGGUCUGUCUGAGUUUGUUGACUAGAAACACUGAAUACUGGAAUGAUACAGAACAAAUUAUGAUUUGCAAUGUGCUGGUGACACUGGAGUGUAACAGGACAUUUUAAAUUCCCUCAUUAUUGAAUUGUCAUUAUUGAGUUUGUUUUGUACGUGGCAAAUAAAUAAACUCCCCUUAUCUUGUGUAA